UGCACCUAAACAUACAAAUACCCAAAUCAAAACCACAUACCCGGUACUUUUUCACUUUGCAACUGUGAAGCCUUCACAUCGCUUCAGGUUUGUGUUUUGCGGAAAGUACGUACUCGAGGUUCGGCUGAUUUCGAGAGGAAGAGAAUACGAUAAUGGCAACUGUUGCUGAUUCUUUCUUGGCUGACCUUGACGAGCUUUCGGAUAAUGAGGAAGAUAUCCUUGAUGAAGAUAAUGUCGAGGCUGAUAACAUGGAGGAAGAUGUGGAUGGGGAGCUUGCAGAUAUUGAAGCCCUCAACUAUGAUGAUCUGGAUAAUGUCUCUAAGCUACAGAAAACCCAACGUUAUAUUGAUAUCAUGCAGAAAGUUGAAAGUGCACUUGAGAAGGAAUCUGAUGUCUCAACGCAUGGUGUUGUCUUAGAGGAUGAUCCAGAAUACCAGCUGAUUGUAGACUGCAAUGCCUUGUCCGUUGAUAUUGAAAAUGAAAUUAUUAUUAUUCAUAAUUUUAUCCGUGACAAGUACCGACUAAAAUUUCCAGAGCUUGAAUCACUUGUUCAUCACCCAAUUGAUUAUGCCCGUGUGGUGAAGAAAAUCGGGAAUGAAGUGGAUCUUACCCUUGUUGAUCUAGAAGGGCUAUUGCCCUCAGCUAUUAUUAUGGUUGUUUCAGUGACAGCAUCAACCACAAGUGGCAAGCCACUGCUAGCCGAAGAUCUCCAAAAAACUGUUGAGGCAUGUGACAGAGCUCUUACAUUAGAUUCGGCGAAGAAAAAGGUUCUUGAUUUUGUAGAAGGCAGGAUGGGAUAUAUUGCUCCAAACCUUUCUGCUAUAGUCGGUAGUGCUGUUGCUGCGAAAUUGAUGGGCACAGCUGGAGGUUUAUCAUCGUUGGCGAAGAUGCCAGCAUGCAAUGUUCAGCUUCUGGGUGCCAAAAAAAAGAAUUUAGCAGGAUUUUCAACUGCAACUUCUCAGUUUCGUGUAGGGUACAUUGAGCAAACAGAAAUAUUCCAGGGCACACCCCCUGCUUUAAGAAUGCGUGCUUGUCGUCUGUUAGCUUCAAAAUCCACACUUGCUGCUCGUGUGGAUUCUACUGGAGGAGAUGCUACUGGGGGAGUUGGAAGGGCUUUUCGCGAGGAGAUACGUAAGAAGAUUGAGAAGUGGCAAGAACCGCCUCCUGCAAAGCAGCCAAAACCACUCCCAGUUCCUGAUUCUGAGCCGAAAAAGAAGAGAGGUGGUCGUAGAUUAAGAAAAAUGAAAGAAAGAUAUGCUGUAACGGAUAUGCGUAAACUAGCGAACAGGAUGCAGUUUGGAAUCCCAGAAGAGAGCUCUUUGGGGGACGGUCUUGGUGAAGGAUAUGGAAUGCUUGGCCAGGCUGGAAGUGGGAAGUUGCGUGUGUCAGUUGGUCAAAACAAGCUUGCUGCUAAAGUUGCCAAAAAGUUUAAGGAGAGGAGCUUUGGUAGUGGUGCUACCUCAGGACUGACUUCAAGUUUGGCCUUCACACCCGUUCAGGGAAUUGAGCUGUCCAAUCCACAGGCACUAGCUAAUCAACUUGGCAGUGGAACACAAAGCACCUACUUCUCUGAAACAGGAACGUUUUCGAAGAUAAAGAGACCUUGAAGCCCCACGCAGAGCAACUGUUAAUGUUGAAAGUCAGCUGAAGCAAGGUGCUUUAAAUUGUUUUUUAAGAUGUAUUCUGAUAAUUUCAAGCAUUUGCCUUGCGGCGGUACCUCUCUAUAUUUUCAGUCAAGUGUCGUACCCUCUAAGUAAUGCGAAUAGAAUGUAAAAUUUUGAUUAGGUGAACUUGUUGCUAAUCCAUAUGUAAAAAAAUAUAAUAUCUGGCAAAUAUUGAUCUUGCUCACUUUUGAGUUGAA